AUGGCUAAAUAUCCAGAAAUGAAUUGGUCAGUUAAGAAUGUUGCUGAGGAGUUCAAGCUAUUCAAACAGAGAUUAACGUUAUACCUGAAGGAUCAUGAAGUAAAUCAAGCCGACAAACAGGCGGUGGAAAUCAAAAUAGCUGUAGGCACUGAGGGCCUUAAGCGCCUCAAUGCAUCUGGCUUGUCCGAAGCGGAUCAAGAAGAACCAGAAAAGCUGUGGGCAUUAUUUGAGAAGCAGUUGCAAAUCAGUAUAAAUUUCCGCAUCCAUAGGCUUGAGUUAAUGAGAUACAAACAAAAAGUCGAUGAAACCUUAGACGAUUUUGUUAACAGGUGUAAAGAAAAAGCGAUGAAUUGUGAUUUUGCGCAAGCAGAACUAGACGAACGCGUAGUAGAACUGGUCAUAGCCUCGACUCUCUUAGACGCGUUACGCAAUAGCCUUCUCGAGAAAGCACGUGGCUACCCAAUUGCAGCGAUGCUUGAAGAGGGACGCAGGCACGAAGCCGUUGCAGCGGGCAAGCAACAUUUAGAAACGCUCACAGAUACUGCAGCACGCAAAGCCGCGAACGAACCAGCAUCUGUAGACACUGUCUAUUCUGCACGCGGACGCCGCUCUUGCAAAAAUUGUGGUCUUUCGCACAAGCCCCGCAGCUGUCCUGUGUACCAUGACACGUGCAAAGCCUGCGGUAGCAAAGGUCACUGGGCCAAGCUUUGCAGAAAAUCGAAGCGAACUGGGCAAGGCCAACAGCGCAGCAAAUCGCCAAACUGGCGCCGCCAACAAUCGCGUAGCAACUCAAAAUCGCGUAGCAACUCAAAACCGCGCAGCUCUCGCAAUAGAUCGCCGAGCCGGGGUACUUCCAAGGUGAACGACCUCAAGAAUGACCAGCAGGGGCAACAUGACUUCUUCACCGACGACGAUGACGUCUCAAGCCAAGCUGGGGACACAUUCAACUCUAUCACCGUGUCUGAUAUGUGUGUCACUCCGCUACAUCAGUACAGACAUAACGAAGUCUUCACAACACUUGAUGUUGUCUGCCCAGAUCGACUUGGCAAGCACUACUUGAAGGUCAAAGUGGACACCGGUGCGAGUGCUAACACCCUACCAGUUCGCACCAUGAAGCAGAUAUACGGACACCGUUGGAAAUCGCUCGCCUCCCCCACUGGCACAAAACUGACCGCAUAUAACGGGCCAAACAUCACAUGCUAUGGCUAUCUGCAUCUUAUGUGCAGAUACAAGGAGAGUGAGUGGUCUCGCGAAAAAUUCUACGUCGUAGAUGUACCAGGUCCUGCUGUGGCUGGCCUACCCAUGAGCCAGAAGCUCCAGCUGGUGACGAUACACACCGUAUCUUCUUCACCCAGCGGACUCCCAACAUCACGACCUCGACCAGCCCCACCAGCCAUACCACCUGUCGGAUUUGUCACCCCUGUAAAAGGAAUACAAGAUCUGAAGCAGGCGUACCCUACGCAAUUUGACAGCCUAGGCAACUUCAAGACACGUGCCCAUCUUCAUCUCAAGAAAGAUGCUCAACCCAGUAUCGAUCCACCUCGGGAAUGCAGCGUGCAUCUCAAGCCAAAACUCCAGGUGGAAAUAGACAAGAUGGAGCACGAUGGUGUCAUCCGCAGAGUCACUCACCACACUGAUUGGUGUAGCUCCCUCACGACAAGUGUCAAGAAAGACGGUUCACUCCGACUUUGCCUAGAUCCAAAACGCCUUAACGACAACUUGAAGCGAUGUCCUCACAAGGUUCCAACGCUUGAGGAGUUAAAUCCUGCGUUUUCGCAAGCGAAGUUCUUUUCCAAACUUGAUGCGAAGGAGGGUUACUGGUCGAUCCACUUAGAUGAUGCAUCCCAGGAAUUGACAACGUUUCGGACACCAUUUGGCCGAUAUUGUUUCCGCCGACUCCCGUUUGGUUUGUCAGUGAGCCAGGACAUUUUUCAACAAUGUAUGGACGACAUUGUCAGCCAGGUACCAGGCUGCGUAUGUAUUGCAGAUGACAUUGCAGUAUUUGGGCGUACAGAGAGUGAGCAUGAUGCCAACCUCUUCAACCUCAUGGAGACUGCCAAGCGAGAAGGGCUUGUCUUCAACAGUGCCAAGUGUCGUAUCAAGUCGAACCAGAUACAAUUCUUCGGUUCCAUCUACUCGGACAGUGGAGUUCGCCCUGAUCCUGACAGAGUUGCAGACAUACAUGCCAUGCCGACUCCCCAAGACAAAGAGGACCUUCAGAGAUUCCUCGGUAUCGUCAACUUUGUGUCUCCACACAUUCCUAACUGCGCAGACACGGCUGCUCCCUUGCGGGACCUCCUCCGGAAGGAUGUUCCAUUCCUCUGGCAGGACGAUCAUCAGGCGUCGUUUCGUGCACUCCAGCACUCCAUCACUGCCGAGUCAUGUCUGCGGUAUUAUGAUCCCAAGAUGGAAACCACCCUCGAGGUUGACGCUUCACAGAAAGGCCUUGGUGCGUGCCUCAUCCAAGACGGCAAACCUGUUGCGUAUGCAUCGAAAAGUAUGUCGUCAUCCCAGUCAAACUACUCCAACAUUGAACGGGAAACUCUUGCCCUGGUGUUUGGUGUGACCAAGUUCCACACUUACCUUUUCGGUUCCAGAUUUCAUGUACUCACAGACCACAAACCACUAGUGACCAUAUGGAACAAGCCCCUCACCAGUGCUCCACCCCGUCUACAGAGGCUGUUGAUCAAGAUUCAAGGCUAUCAAUUCAGUUUGGAGUACAAACCAGGCAGCACCAUGAUAAUUGCUGAUGCCCUGAGCAGGCUCCCCAAUCCGUCUGAUCAUGAUGACAUACCCCUCGACAUUGCAUUUGAUUCCCUUAGUGCGAGGCAGCACACAACCACUCAACAACUUGAUUUGGUUCACUUUGGGAAGGCUAAGCAAGAUGCUCUUCAGCAUGAGACAACUCGAGACCCUGUUCUAAGAGAGCUACAGAAGGUCAUCUACACCGGUUGGCCUGACUCAAUCAAGGAGUUGCCUCGUGACUUACGUCCAUACUGGCCAUUCAGAGAUGAGCUGGGACUGUCCUGUGGUGUGAUAUUCAAGGGCCGUCAAGUUCUGAUUCCUAAGGUUAUGCGACAGGACAUACUCACCCAACUCCACGUUGGUCAUCUUGGCAUCGAAAAGACGCCGAACAUCAAAGACGGCCGAACAUCAAUGACAACAUCACUCAACUCUUCAAGUCAUGUCAAGCAUGCCAUGAACACCAGACUCGUCAAAGAAAUGAACCACUCCAACCUCAUGAGAUACCCAACACACCUUGGACGAAACUGGGCACAGACCUCUUCGAGUUGGAAAAAGACAACUAUCUCCUCAUUGUGGACUAUCACUCUAAAUACCCUGUUAUCCACAAACUGUCCAACACAUCCAGUGCGUCGGUGGCUCAACGAACAGCAGCAACCUUCAGCCUUUUCGGUGUACCAAAGGAGACAACAGACCACAAUUUGUUGGGCAGGCUUACCAAGAUAA